AUGCUGGACACCUCAGCCACCACUCUCACAAACUUGUCGAAUAUUUCGAGUAUGGUCUAUAAUCCAGCUACUUGGAUGCUGGAAAUCAGUUCCUCGGCCAUUGAAGCUCAACUCAACAUUGACUUUGCAGAAAUCUAUGCCAACUCCUGGCUUUAUGGGAGGAACCAAGGACUCAUAAAGCAGCUCAUCACACCAAGUUCGGGAUCUGAGGAUAUAUACUUUUCCACUCAGGAGCAGCAAUUGCGCCAAGGCUUAGGAAAUAACUUUAAGAUAAGUUUUCAAGAAUUCAAGAACAAGCUACUUGAACCUGGCCUGGUGGAUCACAUAGUUGUUUCGAACAAGUCAGUCGCAAAGCGCAAUAUAUCUAAUAUUGCUAUGAUGAUGGAGAAAAGUCCAGCAGCUUACGCCGAGGAUUGGAGCAUUCAGCUUGAGAAAAGCCUCCGAUCAAAGGCACCAGUUGAAGCGCUAGAAGAAAUUGGCAUUCGGCUCCAAAGGUGGAAUAGUCAGCCAGAGCUAUCCUUUGCGGAGUACAGAAUGUUUGGCCUAAUCUCUGGAGAGGAUAAGCUGUUCCUUAAUGCAAUUUUCCUGCGUCUUGGGGAUGCAUUUAGGUCGGGCAACAAGCAUAUUAAAAGAAGCCUCGUUAAGCUUUUCUUGAAAAUGAAGUCAAGAGAAAGAGGUGAGGAAGGUAUUCUGAGCAAGGGUAAACUGGAGAAUUACUUGGAAUUGGUGAGGAGGGUGAAGGAAGUGUUUGAUAAAGGUGAUGCUGAAGAAAGGACAUUUGCUUUGCUCUUGUUGGGCUGCUGGGCUCAUUUCACAAAAGAUUGCCCAGAUAUAAGGUGUGAUGUGCUGUCGAGUUUGGUGACUGGUGGUGUUUGCGAGGUGAAGGCCGCUUUAUUUGCUGCAGGAUGCUUGUCUGAAUUGUGUGAUGACUUUGCCAGUGUGUUCUUGGAGAUACUUGCGACAAUGAUUCAAUCACAAGAUAUAUCAGAAGACGUAAAGUUGGCCUGUGGGAGAGCAUUUGCUAAAUUGUGGUGCCCAUUUUCACUAGCACAAAAGGCAUACAAGACAGGUUUAAAGGUCCUAAUGGAUUCUUCAGAAAACCGCUUUUCAGCUCUGAUGCUGACUUCACUUUCCAAGAUUGCUUCUAGGUGGAUGCUUCUAGUUCCUUCUCAGGUAGAACUGCUCUUUCUAUUUCUAAGUGAAGAGAGAUCUUUGCACAUACAAGCUACAUCAUUAAGAUGCUGCCGCAUUAUAUUGAAAAACGGUGUAUGUAGUGUUCCUUCAACCACAGGGACAAUCUCUAAGUUAUUUGGCAUACUACACAGAUCCAACCUUGAGCCGACGAUACAGCUAGAAGCUUUAAGAGUUCUCCACAAGAUCCUUUUGUUCGAUUUAUCAAUCAUUGCAUGCACAGAGAUCCCAGAAAUUUUUCUUGAGUUGUUGGCAAUAAUUAAAACCACGCUACAUUCAUCCUGUACGUUAACCAGAGUUGUAGCUGUUAGAGUUUUAGCCGAUCUUUCUGGAAUAGUUUUGGGAAGAGUAGAUAUGGUAUCAUGUGGAGCUGGUUAUGCCCUGGCAUCGCAGAUGACUUCUUUUGUCUUGGAUCAUAUCUUUUGCCUUAUGACACCAAAAGCAUCUUCUUUUUAUCAGGAUGAUAUUGUUGUGGAGUUUGAGGUUAAAAUCUUGCUCAGUCCUUUAUUUAAUUUGGUUGAGAAUCAUCCGUACCUCCAUUCUCUAGUGCUGAAUAAUUUAUGCUUGUUCACGGAUAAAUUUAUGAAGAUGCUUGAUGCAGUUAAGGACCUAGAUUUGAAAAUGCUGUCGGAGUCAAAUAUCAUGCUCCAUGUAUCCAAAAUAAUUGUGGCUUGCUUGCAAAAUCUUGAAAAUACCGAUGACACUGAAACGAGCCAAAUUUUGGAAGCAGUAAAACUUCAAUCACAAAACAUAUGCCAUAGAAGCUAUUUUGGUAGUCACACCAGUAUGAGCUACUUUCUUUUACUGCACUUGCUUUCCACCUUUAUCAGCAUGCGGCAUGUGGCACAGGAAGUGGUAUCUCUAAGUAGAAACUCAGCUCUGUCUUAUGCUGAUUCCAUAUUUCAAUCUGAUAAACUUGCAUUUGAAUGUGCAAAAAUAAAGAUGCUAGAUGGAAAUACUUAUUGGUACUUGUAUAAGGCUGGGAUAACUGCUGCCUGCCAGGGAGCAUGGUUUACAUCUUCUUUCAUAUUCGAAGAACUUAUUAUGGCUGUUCAGUCUGCAUCCUGCUCAUGCUGGUUGAAAUUUUUGGCUCAGUACUCUAUGGCAGAAAAGCAGAUUCAGCUAUAUAUUUUAGCUGACCAAGGGAAUUCCGUUUCCUUUAGACAGAAUCUUCUUGCAGCUAGCAAUACACUUCUCUCAUCAAAGCAGAUUCUUUCGACCUCUGACAUGGAUGAUAUGUUCAGUUUCCAAACAUGGUUUUUAACUCUCAGAGCUAAUACCUUGAAAACUGUUGUUGACAUGUUAAAGCUUCUAGACACGCUGCAUCUAUACACGGCAACUUCUCAUGAUCUUGGUUCUUUAUGUCACUCUUCUAUUGAGGUCUCCCGCCGGAUGUACAUCUUAGCUCAAGAAUUUGACCUACUUCUGGCGUCUUUCAUGGUUAUGGACAGGCAGAGUGUGAUGAGUGUUUCAGCGCUCGCAUUCAGUUGCUCGCUUAUGGCCUUUGUAGCUGGUUUUGCCUUUCUAGUACCAAAUAUGCAUUCAUCGGAAAAUAAUAGAAUUUCCGAAUUUAGUAACUCAGCCGACCCUCACCUUGCGUUGCUUAUUGAAGAUUUAAUUGCACGAGUGACGCACGCCAACUGCAAGACUAGGGAAAGUCUCUUGUUUCUUCAGAAGUCAUUUCGCAACUGCAAGGGGUGUUUUUCUGGGUGGUCCCAGAACAAAAUUACCUGUACGUCAUAUGAAGCAAUAGUUUUGCACAAGCUAGCAGAGUAUUCUAUCAGGGAGAUUAUUGGCUUGGGAAAUGAGGCGCAACAAGAUAGCGAGGGGUUGUCUCGGAUUCUUACUAAUGGUACACAGCUGCUGCUGCAAAUAUUUUCAAGACUGAUGUUGAUUCCUGUCCGAACUCCUCGUCAUUUCUUUCGAAUAAGGCCUGCUGUUUCCUCAGAGGUCCUCAUGAUGAAUGAAGAUGGUCAAACGAUUGAUGGAUCAUCUAUUUUGUCUGGAGUACCUCUUUCUCUCAAUCUGAGUUUUCAACUGAAAAACAAGCCGGUUGGCCCACCGGGCCCACUGAACAAAGCCUACUGCAUUCUUAGUUUUACAGCACCUUCUCAGAAAACAAACAGGCAGGCCCAGCCGAGCAGGCAGGAUCAGGCGAUCAAUGAUGUGAUGGACUUGAACGAGAAGCUGUCUAGAUAUGUUGCAGGCUCAGUUUGUACCCAUGGGGCACUUACAAAAUCAAAUGGCACAGUGGCUGCGUAG